AUGGAUUCUCUACUGUCUGUGUCACUCGUCAUCAGGAUGUUUAUGAUUUCAAUAGCGGCAUUUGUGAUCAACCUCGAAGGAGAACUUUUCAAGGACCUGAUGAAGGGUUACAACAAAAAUGUGCGUCCCAUGGAGAACAGUGGGGAUGUCACUCAGGUGAACAUCAAGAUGACGUUGACCAACCUCAUUUCCCUGAAUGAAAAAGAGGAAGCUCUGACGACCAGUGUUUGGAUUCAACUGAAAUGGUGCGACUACAGACUCAGGUGGGACCAACCGCCCAGGUCGGCUUUGUACAAAAACAUCACUUCUGAGCUACGUGUCCCCUCAAAAAGCAUCUGGCUGCCUGAUGUCAUCCUGGAGAACAAUGUGGACGGACAGUUUGAAGUUGCUCUGUACUGCAACGCACUGGUGUCUCCUGAUGGCUGUGUGGAAUGGCUGCCCCCUGCCAUCUACCGCAGCGCUUGUGCCAUUACGGUCAACUAUUUCCCCUUUGAUUGGCAGAACUGCACCAUGGUUUUCCGCUCCCAGACCUACAGUGCCAAUGAGAUUGAACUGGUUCUCAAAGAAGAGGACAACCACACGCUGGAGUGGGUCGAUAUUGAUCCUGAAGCUUUUACAGAAAAUGGAGAAUGGGUCAUCAAACACAGGCCAGCUAAGAAGGUGACCAACAGCCAGUAUACCAAAGACGACUUGGAGUUCCAGGAAGUGGUCUUUUUCCUCAUCAUCCAGAGAAAGCCUCUAUUCUACAUCAUCAAUAUCAUUGCUCCUUGUGUGCUCUUCUCCUCUCUUGGCCUGCUUGUGUACUACCUACCUGCUAAAGCUGGUGGUCAAAAGUGCACUAUGUCUAUUGCCACCCUUCUGGGCCAGACAGUGUUUCUUUUCCUCAUUGCCAAGAAGGUUCCAGAGACGUCAAAGGCAGUUCCUCUCAUUGGAAAGUAUCUGAUGUUUGUGAUGUCGGUGACCACCAUGGUGGUGAUGAACUGUGUGAUCGUUCUCAACGUUUCCCUAAGAACACCAAACACUCACAUGAUGUCGGACAGAGUGAGGAAGCUCCUUCUGAACGUUCUUCCUCGACUGCUGAGGAUGCGAAUGCAGCCCUGGGCGCCCAAUGACGCCUCCUCCGAAACCAGCGACACUGCCGAGAUUAGCAAAAACGACGUUAACGUCAUUGACAGGAGUAACGUGCUUUUGGCCCCCUGUCGACGGCGCAGCUCGAUGACGCUCAUCAAAAAGGCAGAGGAAUAUACUUUAAAAACAGCUCGGACUGAACUCAUGUUUGCCCGACUCAAAGAGAGAGAUGGACUGAUGAAGUCGGUGUUUGAGAAGUUGAACGAGGGCCUGGAGGGGGGAACAUCUCAAAGGCUCAGCUUGAGUUUGGCGAAAGCUGCCCCAGAACUAAAGCAAUGUGUGGCGUCGUGCAAACACAUUGCUGAAACGAGAAGGCAGCACAACAACUUUCAAAAUGAGAAUGAAGAGUGGUUCCUGGUCGCCAGGGUAAUCGACAGAAUCUGCUUCAUUGUCAUGGCUCUGGUCUUUUUCAUUGGUACCAUAGGGAUCUUCCUGAUGGGUCACUACAACCAGCCUCCUUCGUCUCCUUUUCUGGGGGACCCCAAGAAGUAUCUUCCUAUGAUAAACAAUCAUACUGAACUCACUGACAGCAAGGCUGGAGUGGACCUUUCAGGAUGAACCGAAUCAUCACCUUUAUAUCGCUUUUAUAGCUGAAUACUUUGCAAUGGUGUCGGUUGACUCCAGGGAUGACUGACACAUCAAUGACUGAUGUGGGUCUACGUAUCACUGUAAAAA